AUGCUUGGCCGCGCCUGCCAGAAGCUUCAAGCCGUCACUCCACUGGUAAAGCACUUAAAAAUCACUCAAAAACUUGAAGAAUAAACUUUUUAGGCGACUUCUGCCCGCGGAAAGGCUCGCGGAGUCAUCGUUCAGAGCUAUUCGGCCGACGUUCUUCCGUACAAGGUUGGACAGUUUGAAAUUGAUCAUUUUUACGUUAAACUUUCUAAAAUCGCAUAUUUUUUCAAUUUUAACCGAAGUAAAUCAAACAAUCAUAAGCGGGAUGUUUGAGAAACGCCAAAACAUUUGAAAUUUCCGAACCAGCGGCAACCAUAAGGCCCCCCCCCCCCCUGUGAAGUAGUAAUCAAGUAAUUCAGACAGUUAGAACAACUUAACAACCUGUUACAGUCCGGGUAAAUUCGGCAGCCUUGGGGCAUUUUUUUCGAACCAAGCCUCUCCCACUCGCCUGUCCCGAAUUGCCGGCGCUCAACUCAAAAUACCUAUGCAAACGAUCUGAGAUUUCAGGGAAAACCAGCGGGAGCCAAGUCGAAUCGGGUUCAUCUCGAGGCCGGAAAAACGUACAAUUGGUGCUCGUGCGGUCUGAGUUUUUCUCAGCCUUUCUGCGACGGAACUCACAAGAUUAACGGUCUUACCAACUCUCGGCCAGUCAGUUUUCAGGUAAACUCGCAGAUUUUUGCUCGGAAAAUGUAAAAUUUCGAUUUUCAGGUGGAGAAAACCGGCGAUUAUCCGUUGUGCGACUGCAAACAGACCGAUACGCGCCCGAUUUGCGACGGAAAGCACAAAGAUGUACGGUUUUUGCAAAAAAUUGGAAGAAACAUGAAGAACAUGCAAUUUUCUUCAAAAUGCUUGUAUUCAGGCCCGAAAACACUAAAAGCCUGAAAAGCAGCGCAAGAACUCCAUUUUUGCAGGUUUCAAAGGCUCCACGCGAUCUGAACGCCACCCGAAUGGUCGCUUUCGACGAGAGCCCCGUCUACGAGGGAGUCGCCCACAAAUUGGGAUACAAACCGAAGAACGGAGGCUUCCAGUAG